AUGUUGAACCAUACCAGAGUUUUCAAUGAAUGUCAAUGUCUUCACGAACCCAUCGAGGGUAUUGCAGGUUAUGCUAACUUGGUAAGAACUACAGUACCUUAGAGAACACAUUGGUAAAUAAUAAAAAAUAUUUCUUUCAGUUCCUAAUUGUUUUCUCAUUGCCAAUAAUCUCAUUUGUUGGUGUUGUUCUCAAUUUUUUCAACAUCUUCAUAUUUUGUGAGCAAAAAAACACGGCUGCAAAAUAUCUUACUGCAUUAUCAUGUAGUGAUGUUGGUAAGUAUUUUUGUUUUAAAAAAUCAACUCGAAAUUUUAAAAUAAAAUGAAAUAAAUAGAAAUAAUUUCAGGUGUUUGUAUGGCUGGAAUAUUUGUGAUCUGUUCCGAUUCCUUGCGUGCUCACUCUUUUGUGAUAGAUCAAAUAUUUGUGUUUCUAUUGCCCAAAAUUAUUCCUCUUGGGCUGUUCUUCCAGGUAACUUUUUUCAUUUAAAAAAUCUGAAAAAGACUGGAAAUAAUUUUCAGAUGCUCUCGGUGUAUAUCACAGUUCUCGCCGCUUUUGAUUGCUUCUACUCUGUUCAUAGGUAUUUGAAUAUGAAAAUAACUUCAAAUAAAAAAAUAAAUUUAGGGGUUCGAAAUGUGACAAUAAUCGAAGUACAUGGGCUCCUCGAGUUUUGGCACUUGUUGUUAUUUCUGUGGCCGCUUAUAAUAUUGUGCAAUUCGGAGAUUUACAAGCCGUUGAAUGUAUGCAUCCAGAAAAUUAUACACUUUUUGAGCUGUGCCCAACUGAAAUGCGGCUCAGUGAGCUAUACGUUCAAGUCUAUAAGUAAGUAGGCGUCGACAGAAAAAAUAAAUGUGUUUGUUUUUCUUUACUUUCCAAAUGACUAAAAUACCCAUAUUUCAGAGGAUAUUUAUAUGCACUUUCAAUGGCAUUUCUUCCAUUUGUCUUACUCUCAAUUUUAACUGUCAGCAUCAUUAUAAUGCUUCGCAAAAAAGAUGGGAUGAAAAAGAUGGAAAAAUCCGGUGAGUUUGUCAUCGGAUACUGCUAAUUCAUGUGUGUAUGUGAGAUCGUUUGAAUAAUGUAUUGUUGUGAAAAAUACUAUUUACAUAUCAUCAUCAUCAGCAUUUUAGAUUUCAAUCAACCAAAAAAAAACAUGAGAUCAAAAAUCCUAUUUUUCUUCCAGAAAUGAACAAUGAAGAUUCUGGUAACAAUCCAGUUGUGUUACUGCUCGUUGUUUUGCUCUUCUUAUGCUGUAAUUUGACGUCAUUACUCGUUAAUGUUUUUGAAAUGCUAAAAUUGUGAGUAUCAUCUUUUUUUUUCCUGCUCGCAACCAAACAUCAAAUGUAUUCCUUUUUUCAGUCAAUUAAAAUAUGAAGUUGAAGCGGUGUUGAUUGAUAUUGGCAAUUUUUUGGUGGUUAUCAAUGCGACUGCCAAUUUUUUCGUAUAUAUGGCGUCUUCUGAAGAGUUUAGGCAUUCGUUCUAUCGUCGAAUUAGAAGACUACUUCGAUCAAAACAAAGAAGUGGUGGAAUGCCAAUUAUGCAUGAACAACGCCUACGGUUUUUUAAUCGACAACCAAUUGCUAGUAGUUUAUAA